UGAUGACGUCUGUGUUGCGCUGUGUGUAAACAUUUGACAGAUCCGGUGUCGCUUUAGCUAUUUGUAUUAAAUCUGAGCGUUAACGUGUAGAAUACAAAUUAAUUUCUAUUUAAAUGAUUAAAAAACAAUCCUUGGGAAGAUGCGGCUGAAUGAAGACACUUUACUGGAAGGCUGUAAUGUUGUGUUGGUUCCCUACAACACUGAACAUGUUCCCAGAUAUCACCAGUGGAUGACGUCAGAGGAGCUGCAGAAACUCACCGCGUCUGAACCUUUAACCCUGGACCAGGAAUAUGACAUGCAGAGAAGCUGGAGAGAGGAUGAUGAUAAGUGCACGUUCAUCGUCCUGGACAAACAGAGAUGGACAGAUCCAAGCUUCUCAGAGGAAGAGUGCAUGGUGGGAGAUGUCAACAUUUUCCUGACGGACCCCAGUGACCCGUCACUGGCUGAGCUGGAGAUCAUGAUAGCAGAGCCCAGCUACAGAGGCAGAGGUUAUGGCAAAGAAGUGACGUGUAUGAUGAUGCAUUACGGCAUCAACAAACUCGGCAUCAAGAAAUACGAAGUGAAAAUUGGUUUGGAAAACCGGAUCAGUGUAGAGAUGUUCAAAAAGCUCCAGUUUCAAGAGCUGUCCGUCAGCGAGGUGUUUCAUGAAGUGACUCUUGGCCUGACUGUGAACGAGGCGUCAUGGGAAGAGCUGCUGGGCGGCACGGAUAUCGAGGGAAGAGAGUACAGGAAAACCCGGGACUCCAGGCACAGAGCUAAACAUUCAACAACCACCGGAGCUGACGGGAACUGAGAGGAAAGGGAAUUUUAAUAAGAUCCAGAGAUAUCAUCUGGAUUUAAGAAGCAAGUUUUCACCACUGACUCAGAUAUCAUGGGGAUCUCGGAUGAAUCUCUACUGACUUUUUUCGAAAAAUAUUCAAUCUGAUCGCUUUUUUCUUUUCAUCACGUGUAAAAUGACCAGUUCGUAUAAAAGAUAUACGAAACGCAAAAGUCACCUUCACUGUAUCUGUUCUCUACAUCACCACCUCUGCGUGCUCACAAGCCGUUAUUUUGUCCAUCCUUCAAAACCAGCAGAGGAACGGAUUUCACAUUCGCCGGCGGUGCGUCAGACAACUUCUCCCGGUCAAUCGGUGAAAAAAAAAAAUCAUCAAUCCUUACUUACCAGAUGUCAUUUGAAUCCUGGAUCAAUCUCAGCACAGGUAAAGUGAGUGAAAGUAAAAUAAGUAAGGAAUUAAACGCUGUGCUGUUUUAGGAAAUAAAUCAGUGCUGUGGUAAUGCGAUGAUGACCCAUGUGAUGUUUUUACUAUAGAAACAGCAACGUUGUAUAAAACCUGCACUACUGUCAAAGCUACAGUUAUAGUAAAUGAAUCGACACCUUCUGACCAAUCAGAAUCAAGAAUUCAGCAACGCACUAGACGUAAAGGAACACGGACGCAGAUUUGCAAUGCGAUGAAAUUUAUUUAUGCCGUUAAUCUCCCUAAAUCAUCAGAGCAAUAAUUAAAAUACUUUUUAUUAUUAUUAUUAUUAUUACAAAUGUAUACAAAUCCAUACUUGUAGUACAUACACAGUGCUGAGGAAGACGGCCGCGUGAAACCCUGCUUCCUGAUGCUCACUUAUAUAACGGUAGAUGUGUCCUGGGUGAGAAAAUAAACUUGAAUGGCAUAA